GACUGCAGCAGCGAGCGCUCCGUGCGGAGGAACAAGUUCCCUCAGUUUGUUCCUCAGCCGAGCAGCACGGACCGGGUCCGGAACCAGAAGACUCCCUUGGGAAGGUGUGGGUCUUCGUGGGGCCCGGAUAGGGUCGGAUCUCCGGGUCGGAUGUUCUUGACCCACGAGGUUCUGAAGAAACCUGAAGGAACUGCGUGAUUCUGUCAUUGAACACGCACGCGCCUCUUCCACGGACACGCACACAGACAGACGGAGUGAUUGAUUGAUUGGUCACGUGCAGGACUGGGUAGAGUCCUGUUCCCAUCAUGGACCUUCCUCUGCUGCUGAUGAUGAUGGUGGUGGUGAUGAAGGUGGGCGGAUCUGCUCUCAGGCCGCAGAUGUCAGCCAGCAGUAGAGUGACGGAGACGUUCAGAGGAACCAGAACCAGACGAUACGCCAUCAACCCUCUGGGACACAAGUGGACCCACCACAACAUCAGCUACAGGAUCAUAGCGUUUCCUAACACCCUGAAUGUUGAGGACACCAGAAAGGCCAUCAGCAUCGCCUUCACCAAGUGGAGCGACGUGUCCCCGCUCACCUUCACCGAGCUCACCGACGCCAACUCCACCACUAACAUCACCGCCGCUGACAUCACCAUCGGUUUCUACACCUUCAACCACACUGACUGCUGGUGGUCUCCUCUCCACCCGUGUUUCGACGGUCUGAACGGCGAGCUGGCUCACGCCUUCCUACCGCCGAGAGGAGAAAUUCACUUCGACAACCACGAGUUCUGGAUCCUCGGCAAGUCCAGGUUUAGCUGGAAAGAAGGUGUGUGGCUGAACGACCUGGUCCAGGUGGCAGCCCAUGAGGUAGGCCACGCUCUUGGCUUGUGGCACUCCAGAGACCCUCAGGCUCUGAUGCAUCCCAACGCCACCUACACAGGCCAGAGGAACGUGGCCCAGGAUGACGUGUGGGGCAUCCAGAGGCUCUAUGGGUGUCUGGAUAAGAAGCGGGUCUGUGAUCCGUGGGCUCGUCUGGGUUUCUGUGAACGGAGGAAGACCUUCAUGAAGAAGAACUGUCCUCAGCGCUGUGACCUCUGCUACGAGCCUCUGGAGGCGGUAACCACGCCAAUGCUACCUCUGGCCAAUGUCAAGAUCAAGAUGGUUCCUCGGGGUAAGGUGGUGGGGUUCCGCUGUGGAACCAAAAACCUCCGCUCACCACCCAAAGUCAGCUGGUAUAAAGAUGGCGAGCAGAUCUUGACUUCCGUCCCCGGCUACAUUGUCAUGAAAGACCGAGACCUCCGCAUCGUCGCCAAUGAGUUUAAUGAGGGCGUUUACACCUGUCGCAUCCAUCGGCGGGGAGACAUCGUGUCCGCCAACUCCUGGGCCAUCCUACUGAAACCAGAGCAGCCGUCCAACAACUGAGGACGAGGGAUGGAGGACAACACAAUAAAUAACGUGGUUUUAACAUUUGUAAAAUGUCGAUACUUCUGGAUCUGUGGAGCUGCAGAACAUCAGAUGUUGAAUGUUUUCUGAUCUCAAAGCAGGCAGUUCAGAACUUGUAAUACUCAACAGCAUGACGUCAUGUCUUUUAUGUGUCGAAGUCUCAGCAUGACGUUGUGUCCUCAUAAUCCUGCAAGACCUCUUUUAAGUGGAGAAGUCUCAGCGUGACGUUGUGUCCUCAUAAUCCUGCAAGACCUCUUUUAAGUGGAGAAGUCUCAGCGUGACGUUGUGUCCUCAUAAUCCUGCAAGACCUCUUUUAAGUGGAGAAGUCUCAGUGUGACAUCAUGUCCUCACAAUCCUGCAGGACCUCUUUUAAGUGGAGAAGUCUCAGUGUGACGUUGUGUCCUCACAAUCCUGCAGGACCUCUUUUAAGUGGAGAAGUCUCAGCAUGACGUUGUGUCCUCAUAAUCCUGCAAGACCUCUUUUAAGUGGAGAAGUCUCAGUGUGACAUCAUGUCCUCACAAUCCUGCAGGACCUCUUUUAAGUGGAGAAGUCUCAGUGUGACAUCAUGUCCUCACAAUCCUGCAAGACCUCUUUUAGGUGUCGAAGUCUCAGUGUGACGUCAUGUCCUCAUAAUCCUGCAAGACCUCUUUUCAGUGGAGAAGUCUCAGUGUGACAUCAUGUCCUCAUAAUCAUCUGGGUUGUCCCUGCAGGACAUAAUGUCCCUAUUAUCUUCAUGGUAGGACGUCAUGUCCUCAUUACCUUCCUUUUAGGUUUGUCACCUUACGACAAAUAUAACCUACAACCUGCAGCAACGUUUGGGUUUUGCUGCAGGUUAUGAUUUAAUAUUUAAUGCUCAGUCACACAUUAAUACCACAUGAUGCAGUACAGAUUCUCUCACAUGAUGUGUAGAAGUGCUUCACAGACCAGAGAUCUGUUGUAAGAGCCUGCUAGCUAACUUUAGUGAUCCCCCUCCUUCCCUCAGUCACAUACAUUGUCUGAUCUGAGAUCUGCAGACUUGUUUCUUGUGUAACAACGACAUGGUGUGACAUCAGAGCUCUCAUCUGUUUUGUAAUGUUGCAUCAUCUGAACCGAAUCUGUGGUUGCUUUUGUGGUUGUUAGACUUCCUCGUGCCGCAGUCGGACUUCCUGCUGCAGCAGUCGGACUUCCUGCUAGUCAGACUUUUUGCUGCAGUCAGACUUCUUGUUGCCGCAGUCGGACUUCCUGCUUCAGUCAGACUUCCUUCUGCAGUCAGACUUCUUGCUGCAGUAAAUAAAACCUGUUGACUGUGUUCAAUUAAGCUUAAAGAUUGUUACCAUGCUGUUUAAACACUGUAACAUCAGUAAUAAAUGAAGUGUUUAUUAAUGUUCAGUAUUUGUUCAUCACUAUGGUGGCCCUGAGGGUCCAAACACAGCCACAUGAAGCGGUGUACAGAUCCAGUGUGGUUAGAACUGUAUCAUAGAUACAAGUAAAGAAGCAGGAAACUUUAAUGACGUCGUUCUAACUGGACAGGAUGUA